CCCGCAACUGAACCGUAAGUGUGGCCGCAUUUCCACACUGCUUCGACUCCUAGUGUGUUCGUGGAACUAAAUUAUGAGUUUUAAGAUUGAUUCGAGGCAAAGAUGCAAUGGAGGUCAGUGGUAGUUGGGCUGGUCGUACUAAAACUGUCUCUAAACUGUGUCUUGUGGCUGGCCUUUGGACUUGGACGUAAUGUAAGCUGGGGGUUCAACUUCCCUCUCAAUUUUAAAUUGCACAAAUUAGAUUUAAGUUUGUUCCACGAUGGGAAAGAGGCGGCUGCCAAGCCCGACGCGUGGUCUCAGCGGACACACGACUACAGGUACGGAGAGUUACAGACGCCCUCCCCCAAGAUCGGAGAAGAGUCGCCUCAGAGAUCCUACAUGAGCCUUUUCGAUGGCAACAGGGACGAGUACGUCAGAAAGUACGGCUCCUUCCCAGACACGCUCAAAGCCAAGAUGAAGGACAUGGCCAAGGAGAUGUUUUACUUUGGGUAUGACAAUUACAUGAAAUACGCCUUUCCCGAGGACGAGUUGAACCCCAUUGACUGUGAGGGGAGGGGACCAGACAUUCUCAACCCGUCUAACAUCAACAUAAACGAUGUCUUGGGGAACUACUCUCUGACACUCAUUGACACAUUGGACACCUUACUGGUGCUCGGCAACGUCACAGAAUUCCACAGAGCUGUCAAGCUUGUCAUAGAUACAGUAUCUUUUGACAAGGACUCUACUGUGCAAGUGUUUGAGGCUAACAUCAGGAUCUUGGGAAGCCUUAUCUCCGCUCAUAUUCUGCUGACUGACCCAAAACAUCCCUUCGGCAAGGUGGGCCUGGAGGGCUAUGACAAUGAACUGCUUCACUUGGCUCAUGACCUGGCUGUGCGCCUGCUGCCUGCCUUUGAGAACACCAGCACUGGCAUUCCUUACCCCAGGGUCAACCUGAAAACUGGAGUCCCUCCUGAUAGCAUCAAUGAGACUUGCACAGCGGGAGCCGGCUCACUCCUGGUGGAGUUUGGGGUUUUAAGCCGUCUCAUUGGCGAUUCCACGUUUGAGUGGGUGGCCAGGCGGGCUGUCCGAGCACUGUGGAACCUAAGGAGCAAUGAAACUGGCCUGUUAGGAAAUGUAGUGAAUAUCCAAACGGGCCAGUGGGUUGGCAAGCAGAGUGGUCUAGGAGCUGGUAUGGACUCCUUCUAUGAGUACCUACUCAAGUCCUACAUCCUUUUUGGUGAGAAAGAGGACUACAAGAUGUUCCAAGCUGCUUAUGAGAGCAUACAGAACCACUUGAGAAGAGGGAGAGAGUCGUGUAAUGAAGGAGAGGGUGACCCACCUCUCUAUGUUAAUGUGAAUAUGUUCAAUGGCCAAAUCAUGAACACUUGGAUUGACUCCCUGCAGGCCUUCUUCCCAGGGCUCCAGGUGCUGAAUGGAGAUAUAGAGAAUGCCAUUUGCCUCCAUGCCUUCUACUAUGCCAUCUGGAAGCGUUUUGGAGCUUUGCCAGAGAGAUACAACUGGCAGUUACAGGCUCCUGAUGUGCUCUUCUACCCCCUAAGGCCCGAACUGGUGGAGUCAACCUAUUUGUUGUAUCAGGCAACCAAGAAUCCUUUUUAUUUGCAUGUAGGCAUGGAUAUUCUUCAGAGCCUCGAGAAAAAUGCCAAAGUCAGAUGCGGGUAUGCCACUCUCCACCAUGUUGUGGACAAGUCCAAAGAGGAUCGGAUGGAGAGCUUCUUCCUCAGUGAGACCUGCAAAUACCUUUUCCUGCUGUUUGAUGAUGACAACCCACUGCACAAAUCUGAGAAUAAGUACAUCUUCACUACGGAGGGCCACAUUGUGCCUAUAGACAAGCGCUUCAGGGAGAAACAAUGGAAUGACCUAUUUCCUUGUGAGGAGGGAGUGCUGGCAGAAAAGGAGCCAAACAGGUGGCAUGCUAGCAACAUCACUAACUGUGACAGGAUCCCAGAGGAGCGUCGGUAUGCUCUGCCACUCAAGAGUGUCUACAUGAGACAGAUAGAUCAUAUGGUGGGACUGUUUUGAGAAAGAGGAUGUUGAGGCUGAUGAGCAGGUCUUCAGUAUACUCCCUGUGUCAGUCCUGAUGCGGUGAGGUGAGAAGGUGUCCACUGCUGGUCCAGCUCUUCUACAGACCUGGUUACAAACUUCCAGCACUCAUGUAAACCUGAAAGAAAAAUUGGAUUAUUCACCAUAUUUAUUAAAGGUUUACUAUCUUGAUCUACGGAGAUGAAGCAUCUGCUGCACAAAGAUGAAAAAUUAACUUUUGUGCAGGAAAUUGUGGAAAUGACCUAUUUAGAUGGUGAAUUUUUGAGCGUUUGAAUAUGAUUUUAAAAUGACUGGGAUGUAGUUUUUUGUUUUUUUUGUUUUUUUUCAAGAGAAACAACAGCUGUUCAGGAGCUGGUUAUGGUGUGCGCGUGCAUAUACAGUAUGUGUGUUUCGUGUGACUGUGUUUCCAACCUACAGCUGAGCUGUGAACAAUAAUAACAUGGCAGGGGGACUGGUGUCAUUCCACCACACACACAGUAUGUAAAAUAAUAUGAAUAAUUACAAUCUUCACUGCUUAACACAAUUUCACCUAACAUGACUAUCAGUGCCUCGGUGCAGUUGAUUCUCCCAGCUAUUACUCACAGCGCUCUUUUUAUAACGACAGGUGGUAACUAACGUUGUUCUUGUGACGUGAUAUUUAUAAUAUGUACGAGACCGUGCCUCAAGGAACCUUUUUGUAUUCUGUAACUCUUUGUAGACCGGAGGUCGGUUUCCCAAAAUAUCCCCAUUCAAGGUAAUUUUAUCUUCGCCGCAUUUAGAAAGAGAACGUCUCAUGCCUCCCCGAACGCAAAACUACGAUUUGUUUUUCUUUCCACGUUUAAUCUGGUCUCGUGGAUAGACGAGGCUCAGCGCUUUCGGUUUUUACCGAUUUUCACCGAAAAACAUCCAGAUUUUCAAACUGAUUUUCACCUGCAUUUUAUGUUUCCACAGAGCCAAAAGUUGUUCCUGUUCGUGUGAGGUUAUGUAACACUGUUCUCUUGUGGUGAAAUUCGGCAUGCCGGAUGGCUUUGAAAAAUAAAAAACCGAAAACGCUGAGCCUUGUGGAUAGACGAAGACCUCCCUUUGUCGAUUGUGGAGUUAUUUAUGUCUUGCACUUGCGUGUCUGAUUGUCAUCAAGUGCAACAGAACAGAGCGUCUCCGGCGACACCCGGUCUGGGGGGAACCUCCCGUGGGUGUUUCCGAGCGGAGGAGCGGCAGAAUACUUUUUACACGUCGAGAUGCUUCCAAGCUUGUUGGCUGCCAAACCCCGUUUGCAAUCAUACUUCGGAUCCAACAGAGUAAAAAAAGAAAAAACCAGGAAUGCAUGUUUCUCUCAGGCCUCGUGAGUCCAGAUCUGUGUGCCACGGCCGUGUGAGAGGGAGCCUUUAGGAUGACACAGGCUAUUUAAAGUGCCUUAACCAUUUCGGUACUGCAGGAUAUGAUGUAGUGCAUACUCAGUGUGCAUUACGUGUUAUUUCUUGAUUAUAUUGCACAAUGGGAAUCAUUCCACAUAGUGUGUACAGUAUUUACUCUGACUAUACCACGAAGCUCGUUGUUUAAAGACAUGACAGAACAAGCCAUAAAGAUUCAUAUGUUGUUUUUGUUGUAUGGUUGUAAUGAGAGAGUCCAUGUCUUUAUUGGUAAUAGUCUCUUGUGUGCGUUAUGUAUUUUGAGAGUCAUAUUUUGUUAGUACACAGCUCAUGCUAUGUUGCUAAUGCUGCGUUCACGGAUGCGUUGUUGGUCAACAUGUUUUUUUUUUUUUUUCAUUUGUAAAUUAAAAUCUUGGGUGUACCAGCACCUUUUUUUUGGGGGGGGGGGUCAGUCCAAAUGGCAGUUCUCAUUUGCUUUUCCCCACAUUAUUUUACAUUAUAAUACCUGAAAAUUGUAAUGUGGUGUUAAGAACUCAGGGUAUACAGGAUUUUUUUUUUUUUUGUAAGUGUACACUUUCAUAAACGACUGUCUUGAAAAGUUGUUGCCUGAAUGGUUUUGGGCUGCUUAGGGUUUUCUGUUGGGUUUCCUAGAGCUUAACUGACUAGGGUUGAAGGUGAAGAGCACUGACUUUUGAGUAUUUACAUAUGCAUUUCUCUAAAACAAUUUUUUUUUUAAAGGUGAGCAUCCACAACCCCACCAAUACAUGGACAGACUGAUGAGGAUGAGCUCGUAACGUCGUGGUAAAGUCUUAGACCCCGUUUACGCUCGGUUUUAAAAUGAGUUUUUUUUUUGCGGUUUUGUUGCGAUAGGAUCACAAGUGGACAGCGCUGCAUACAAGUGUAAACAACCACCGAAGCGUUUUGGGAACCAGUUACUCAAACCACUUGCCGAGGUGGUCUGGGACGCAUUUGACCACAUACCUUUUUGUAGUGUAAACACUAAUGUGUCCUGAUGCGUCCCCGACAAGGACGUAACAGGAAAUCUUCUUCGGAGUAACGAAAUAUGAUCACGAGUGGUCAGCAGGAAGCAUUUGGAGACGCAUGGUAGACACAGGUGCAACCGGUGAUGUGUCUCGCCGUCCAUAUCCAUCCAUCCAUCAUCUUAACCGCUUAUCCUACUCUCAGGGUUGCAGGGAUGCUGGAGCCUAUUUCCAGCAGUCAUUGGGUGGCAGGCGGGGAGACACCCUGGACAGGCCGCCAGUCCAUCACAGGGCUCACACACACACAGCCAUUCAUUCCUAGGGAAAAUUUUAGUACGACCAAUUCACCUGACUUACAUGUCUUUGGACUGAGGGAGGAACCCGGCGCCCACGGAGGAAACCCACACAGACACGGGGAGAACAUGCCAACUCCAUACAGAGGAUGACCCGGGACGACCCGCCAAGGUUGGACUACCCCGGGGCUCGAACCCAGGACCUUCUUGCUGUGAGGCGACCGCGCUGACCACUGCGCCGCCGUGCCGCCCCACUUGUGAUCCGAUCGCCCAGAACACAUUUUAAAACCAAGUGUAAACAGGGUCUUAGUGAUGUAACGCUCCAUUGCAUAUGAUGGAUGGAUGAAAUUACUGUGAGAACCUCCGAGGGCUAUUUGUUAACUUGGGCGUGUUGUCCGGGUUCUGCUGAGCAUGGAUCAAGGUUGGAACCACAUGGUGGCGUCAGAAUUGUCACAUAUACAUUCACUUUGGGAGCAAGUUAAUUUCAUUUUUUUUUUUGUAACACUGGCUGAGCUGUUCCCAGCCCAUAGGAAUAACACCAGUGCAUUAUAAACCAGACCGGUCACUCCCCUUCUACCAUUUCCUCUCAGGAUAUCGCAACUUUGAACUAAAUCAGGUGUCGGCUGCAAACGUCUAAGCGUGGAUGUUUGUCUCCUGCUGAUGGAGACAUGUCCUGAGGAGAUUUUAUGAAAAUAAAUGCCAAAUAAUGAACAAGA